UACGUAGCUUGUUGGACUGGAGAAUUCGCGGCGAUGGCGACGACGGCUCGGUGCUGGAAAGGGACGCAGUGAAGCUGGCCUCGGCUCGGAUAUGACUAAUGUUUAUUUGAUCGAGGUUUAUUUGCUGCUCAGUAAUUGCACGGGAUUCGGAUGAAUCUUUGGCGUCUAACUUCUCAUCAUUCCUUUCACUGAUUUCCAUGUCUUACUUGUGAAAAUUCCCAAACAGGAUCACCAGGACUGCUCGUCUACCGUUACUGAUUGUCUGUGACUGGUCCAGGCCGGAGUUCCUUGUUGGGUGACCCACACUCCUUCACAGGGGCCAUGGAGGAGGAGGGGCAGCAGAGCUUGGAGUGUAUCCAGGCCAACCAGAUCUUCCCCAAGAAGUCCCCAGUUCUGGAGGAGGAAAACAUGCAGGUGCCCUUUCCUGAGCUGCACGGGGAGUUCACAGAGUAUGUGGGGAGAGCAGAGGAUGCCAUCAUCGCAACGUCCAACUACCGCCUACACAUCAAGUUCAAAGAGUCUGUUGUCAAUGUUCCUCUUCAGCUCAUAGAGAGCGCAGAAUGUCGGGACAUGUUCCAGCUUCACGUCACCUGCAAGGACUGCAAAGUCGUCAGGUGUCAGUUCUCCACCUUUGAGCAGUGUCAGGAGUGGCUGAAACGCCUGAACGUGGUAGUGCGCCCUCCCUCUCGCCUGGAGGACCUUUUCUCCUUUGCCUUCCACGCCUGGUGCAUGGAUGUGUACGCCGGUGAGAAGGAGCAGCAUGGCGAGCUGUGCAGACCAGGCGAACACGUGACCUCCUGGUUCAAGAACGAGGUGGAAAGGAUGGGCUUUGACACUCAAAACGCCUGGAGGAUAUCUGACAUCAACAGCAAGUUCAGGCUUUGCCCCAGCUAUCCUCAGCAGCUCCUGGUGCCAGCCUGGAUCACUGACAAGGAGCUGGAAAACGUGGCAGCCUUCCGCUCCUGGAAGAGGUUUCCUGCUGUGGUUUAUAGGCACCAGACCACAGGGGCUGUCAUUGCCCGCUGUGGCCAGCCAGAGGUCAGCUGGUGGGGCUGGAGGAACGCUGAUGACGAGCACCUGGUCCAGUCCAUCGCCAAGGCCUGCGCCGUGGACAGCACGUCCCGCAAACACCUUUCCAACGGCAGUUACACCAACGGCUCUGAUCUACCUGAUACCGACUUUGAAUCCUCCAUGACUAACAGCUCAGAGGUGGAGACGUUGGCCAUCCAGCCGCACAAGUUACUGAUCCUGGACGCCAGGUCCUAUGCUGCUGCCGUAGCUAACAGGGCCAAGGGGGGAGGCUGUGAAUGUCCAGAGUACUAUCCCAACUGUGAGGUGGUGUUUAUGGGCAUGGCCAACAUCCACUCCAUCCGCAAGAGUUUCCAGUCUCUGCGUUUCCUCUGCACUCAGAUGCCUGAUCCAGCCAACUGGCUUUCUGCACUGGAGAGCACCAAGUGGCUGCAGCACCUGUCCCUGCUGCUGAAGGCGGCGCUGCUGGUGGUCAACGCUGUGGACCGAGACCACAGACCCGUCCUGGUGCACUGCUCCGACGGCUGGGACCGCACACCUCAGAUUGUUGCUUUGUCUAAGCUGCUGCUGGACCCGUACUACCGCACUAUUGAGGGCUUCCAGGUUCUGGUGGAGACCGAUUGGCUGGACUUUGGCCAUAAGUUUGCUGACCGCUGCGGCCACGGAGAAAACUCUGAGGACUUGAACGAGCGCUGCCCCGUCUUCCUGCAGUGGCUUGACUGUGUUCACCAGCUGCAGAGGCAGUUCCCAUGCUCCUUUGAGUUUAAUGAAGCCUUCCUGGUAAAACUGGUUCAGCACACCUACUCCUGUCUGUUCGGCACCUUUCUGUGCAACAGCGGCAAGGAGAGGGAGGACCGCCACGUUCGGGAGAGGACCUGCUCAGUCUGGUCACUGCUGAGACCGGCCAACCGCACACUGAGGAACAUGCUGUACUCUUCACACUCCGAGACUGUUCUCCACCCAGUAUGUCACGUACGCAACCUGAUGCUGUGGACGGCGGUCUACCUGCCCAGCUCCUCCCCCACUACCCCAUCCGAUGACUCCUGCGCCCCCUAUCCUGUGCCCGGUGGCAACCCCGAGGACACGCCCCUGGCCAGACAUACGAAGACUCGCUCCUUCGACAACUUGCCUAGUGCAUGUGAGCUUGGAAGCUCGCUGCCUCCUAACCGCCGCUCCAGUGACCCGAGCCUCAAUGAGAAAUGGCAGGAUCACCGGCGCUCUCUAGAGCUUAACAUGGCAGUGGGGCCGGAGGGAGGGGGAAACCAGGAUCAGGAGGUGUGGCCUAACGGAGCGGGGCCUUACCCAGAUGGAGUGGACUCAGAGCUGGACGACAGCCCGCAGUCCCGAGGCUCACAUGGUGAGCUUGGACAAGGAGCCUCUGAAAGCCUAGCAGCAACAGGAGAGGAAGCAGAGGAGGCGGCGCUCUCUGUGGCGGUGGGCGUGGCCGAGGGCCAGAUGGAGAACAUCCUUCAGGAAGCCACUAAGGAGGAGGCGGGAGCAGAUGGUCAGAGAGAGGGAAGUGCUGCUGUCACACAUGUCAUUAACACUGGUGACACAGAGGUGGCGAAAGAAACAAAAGUUGAAGAGGAUGAUCUGUGUGCUAAAGUCAACGGGACUGAGAUGCAGAGAGAAGCAUUUACUAAUGGUCAUCGGCCAGAAAAUGGCGUAAUGGAGGCUGAGGAGGAUGGUGAGUGUCCCCCUCUGCCCACACAGAAGGCAGGGGAGCUGGAUCAACAAGCAGCUGAGGUAACUCAGACACCAGAGGAUCUGGUGAAGCAGGAUGCAGAGAACUCAUCUGUACAAGAGGAGACUGCACAUGGACCCAUCGAGUCCGACUCCGGUGAGCCAGAGGAGUCUGCAGCCCACAGGACUAUAAUUAACGGCUUUGUGGACAGGCUACCUGAAGAGCUAGGUGUGAAUGCGGAGACCUGCCCUGAGUCUGAGUCUGACCAUGGUGUCUCAGAGCAGGUGGAUAAGAGAGGCUCCCUGAUGGAAAGCUCCACAGAGACUUUAACUGAAGAGGUCUGCAGCAGGUUGGAGCUACCAGCACAGCUGCCUGUUUGUCCGAGUCGUCAGCCCUGCAGUGAUGGCAGGAGUCAACUGCCCUGCUCCAGGAAAGAGAAAGGACCGGAGACAGGCGAGCAUGGCUUUAUUAGAACUUUAAACGGGGGCAGCAAGCGACCCUCUGUGAGUGCCUUCCAGUCUGUGAGCGCUGACCUCAGCAGGGACGGGCUUUGUAAUGGCGACAGCACCGAGGGGGAGCCUUGCGGAGGACCUCACUGGGCCAAAGGCAACGGGGAGAGGGCCCCUCUGAGUCGGCAGGUGUCCCUAGCAAGCUGCAACUCCCUGAUCCUCCAUCCGCGGGGCAGCUGCUCCCAGCACCGCUGGUGCCACGCCCUGCUGAGCCGCGCCGCCAUCAGCCCGGAGCAGCCGUCCCGCAGCCAUCUGGACGACGACGGGCUGACGCUGCACACCGACGCCAUCCAGCAGAGGCUGAGGCAGAUCGAGGCGGGACACCAGAUGGAGGUGGAGACUCUGAAGAAGCAGGUGCAGGAGCUGUGGAGCCGCCUGGAGAAUCAGCAGCACGCCGGCUCCCACAGGAUCAACGGAGACAUGGGAGAUGAACUGACCUCAAUGACAGACUCUGAGUACAACCUGGACCCCAACUGUUUGUCUCGCUGCAGCACAGAGCUCUUCUCUGAGGCCAGCUGGGAGCAGGUGGACAAGCAGGACACUGAGGUGACUCGCUGGUACCCAGACCAUUUGGCAGCCCAGUGUUAUGGCUGUGAGAGCAAGUUCUGGCUCGCCACCAGGAAGCAUCACUGCAGUGGCAGGGAGCCUGUCCAGGAGGUCUGGAACUGCGGUAACGUGUUCUGUGCCAGCUGUUGUGACCAGAAGAUCCCAGUGCCAAGCCAGCAGCUGUUCGAGCCCAGCCGCGUCUGUAAGACCUGCUACAGCAGCCUCGAGCUCAGCCCAGCUCCCCUGGACCUGGAGCUGGAGAAACCCAUCACAGCCAGCUCCAACUGAGGAUCGGAGGACCGGGACAGGAGGGGAGUCAGGCUGAGCCUCCAGCCGCUGACACACUGCUGAAGAAGAGCACAGGAGCUACACAGAAUGUCCCAUGUACUUUUAUGUGUGUGCGUGCGGCAGAUAAGGACUUUAAUGUGUAUAUAGAGAGGACAGCGUGAGGAGGAGCUGAAUGACGUGUUGGCGUGAUGCCGAGCAUUCUGUCGGUGGGUGUGCACAGGGGUGGGUGAUGUGUGCGUGUGUGUUAGAGGAUGUCACACACUCGCCACACCCAGGUUUUGUGGCAGUGACGUACUGCACUCCAAGGCCAGAGGAGUGAGAAUGGUCAUCCCGGUGCCUCGGACCAGGCAGGCAGAGAAGGUCGUCUCACUGUGUCGCUGAAGUCUCCCGGAGGAGUUUAGUCCAUAGAAGCGCUUCUCAUCUGACUUAUACGUACCAUCAUCUCCCAGCUUGGACUACUUCUUUUCUCUGAAGGGUGGAAGAUCAGGAGCCACGUGGGAAAAUCUCCUAUGAACCAUGAGACUGUCCCGCAGCUAUGAAAAUGUCUGGCUAGCAGAUACUCAGAAAUGUUGUUUAGGGAAAAGCUUAAAAGGUCUGGUCACACAAAUACCAAAAAGGCAUAUUUUCUACUUUGCAUUUCAUUUAAUUUAUUUACCUAGGUUUUGAUGUCAUAUCUCUGACAUUUCUGCUGUCACCCCAAUACAGUGGAGGUGAACCGAGUAAGGGCUGCGACUAUCAUUUUUAUUAUGGAAACAUCUGCAAAUCAUUUCAAUCGAUUAGGCUGGUAUGACGUCUCAGAGCCAUAGCUACAUGAUCACAUUGCUUGUUUUGUACGAGUAAUAGUCCAAAUCAGUUUAUAUAGAAGAUAUGUGAUAAGAAAAGCAACACGUUUUACAUUAAACAAAAGACUAACUCAUUUAAUGAAUCACUUGAAUUGAGGAUUUUGUCUGAGGAUUUAAAACAUCAAAAUAUGACUACAGACAUUCGAAGCUCCAUUUGAAAACCUUAAUAGUAGCUUUGAAUGUAAAAUAGACGGUACAGCCGUGGAUUUAGUAUUAAACCUCUGUAAAAUCAGCGGACUUCCAAGACAUCGGCUGAUCAGCUCACAUCUUUCAAACUACAUGCAGGCUUUCUGUUAAAGUGUGUGGCCUCCAUACCCAAUGAGAGAUGACCCUGAUGACAUCACUAUGACAUCAUCAUGGCUAGAAACAGUGUCCCCAUUACACCAAUAAUAUAAUAAUAAUCAUCCACAAUUUUGGCAUUUGGGUGAACUGGCCCUUUAACAUGCCCUGGGCUGAAUCUCAACUCUGCAUCUUUGCUUGCUUUUGUUUUGGUAAGAUUUAAUCUGGUUUCUACACAGAAUGGGGGAAAAAAAAUGUGUGUGUGUGCAGUAUAUACAGUUAACUGACAUGUUAAUACAAAAUGGAAAAAAAAAUCAGUUUUGACAAGCAGUUGCGUCAGUUUUCAGUUUGUGUUCAGCGUGUGUUGAGAUUCAGCUCAGAGUGCAGACAGGCUUCUUUUAAAGCUCUGACUUCAACAUAAACGCUGCUGGGAUGUUCAUAUUGUUUUUGUUUUCAAAGUACCAUGCUUCUUCUGAAUACAAUGAGGAAAGUAAAUAAUUGUUUGCUUUUAAACAAAAUCACCUGUGAGUCUUACAGCAGGACUAGUUAGUGAUUUCCGGAAAAGGCUUUAGAAAAACGCUGAUGGCCGUUCAGACUGUUAUUACUGGUCUGCUGGGAGUGUGUGCGUCAGACGGCAGACAAGCUGCAGGUUGUUUGUGCCCCGACAUGGACUGACGUGUAAUCUCUCCUGUUGGCCACACCUUCACGCCCUCCUCUCACAAAAGCCCCCCUUUUUGUUACUUUUACCCAGCAGGCACUGGGAGCUGGACGUCUCGCUCACUUUUCAGUCCUUCGGUGGGGAUCACAAGUAAAGUUGUGAAUUUGACGUGUUUAAUGUUUUUCAUAUAUAUUAUUUUUUUUUUUUUUUAGAGGCGGCACUCAUGAGCUUGCUUGUGAUUCGCACUCCGACUGGCUGAAAGGCGGAGGAGAGCCGCAGCAGCAGAAAGGGCUCUUGGCAUUUUCAAAAGUCUGUUAACUCCACACAUCAAAUGUCAGAGAAGCUUCACUGAGACGCCCACUCUGCUGAACACCUAUUCUAUGACCUCCUUGCACACACACACAUUAUUUUGUAAAAUAAAUGAAUGAAAUAAUAUAUUCAGAUACCUAUAUAGCAUUUAAGAAAAAUGUAUAGAAUCCUCGAAUAGUGGCUCACUUAUUUAGUCACCAAAAGAUAAUUUUUUUUAAUUUCUUUAUGUUGUUAAUUGCAGAAAGUAUAUUUUGCAACCUGUUGAUUUUUUUUUUUUUUGUUUUUUUUAAUAGAGAAGCAGGGUGUCCUGUUUUGAUGCUGCAGUGGUUUUCCCUUUUAAAUGCGAUCAUUGAGGUUUUGUUGUUGAAUUGCUGUGAAAAUUCCAGACAAUUCAAUUGCCACAGGAUAAUCAGCGUCUGAGAGACGGGGAAACGAGAGAUGGUUCUGAUCUGUUGCUCCGGCGGUGACCGUCAUGUCUGUUUUUUGUAUCAACAAUCACAGCAUGAUUUGUGGAUGUACUGAUAUCCCGAUUACGAGGGGGGAAAGGGGGUGAGAGUCAGAUGUGUUAUCUAGCGUCAUGUGACUGCUGACAGGUCAAAAUGAGGUAGGGAAAAACCCCGUGUGUGUCUGUAGCCAAUGAGGCAUCUAUGCACCGAGAGAACAGUGGUCCAAAACAAGCAGCCUGAACCCAAAUAAUAGCCCACACACAAAAACACACACACACACACACACACACAAACUCUCUCUACUCCAUUCAAACCCAUGUACAAACACUACCUCUACUUUGUACACACAGAUCUACACUGAGCUUCUAUCUCCUUUGUGACGCUCACUUUCCACAUCUGCAUCAUCGAGAAUGGCCUUUAGUUGUUGUUGUUGUUGUUGAAAAUUUGUGGUUUUCUCCGUUAAUGAGCUGGAGCUUUAAAGGUACAGCACACGGCCGUGGACUUUUUUCAUUUUAACAAUCUUAUUGUUGAGACUGCCAAUCUUUGGGGGGGGGUAAACACAAGUGUGUGUGUGAUAGACAGCAUGAUACUACUUAAUCAUACCGGAGCUGAUUCACGGAUCUUGUGUUCCUGUUGGAUUUAAAACACGUCAGUAGAAUCAGCAGAUGGUUGAAGUGUGCAGUGGAGCGCUGUUUAAGGCGAUCAGAACAACAACAGGCUUGAAGUGUUGUUUUUUUUUUUUCUCUCACUGCCCUCCUGUGGAAUUGGUGAACGUGUUUAAUUCAACAGCUUGACCUUCAGUCUUUCACAUAGAAUAGUACAAUAUGAAUUUGUUUGCCCCUCAUUGAUGAGAUGUUAUAUUCACAAAAACACUUGAACAACUGUUGGCAUGGCAACCACAGUGGCACUGCCUGUCCAAACAUGAAUUUCUCUGAAUUUAUUUGAGAUGGUACUACUGCAUUGACUGUGCAGCCGCUUAAAAAUGUAAAUGUUCUCUUCAUCUGCAGAGACUGGAAUACUGACCUGCAACCAGAACAUAUUUACAUGGUAGUCAGUUUCUGACGGUGCUGUAAAGCUGGCCUGUAAUCUAUUAAGAGAUGAUUUAUUCCAAGGCUUCACACUCCUCCAAAACAUAUGUUCAAACAUUUCAUAACCCAUGAUUUGUUAAAGACAGACUAUCAAAUGUCAAAAGACUUGAAAAAGAUGGCUAAAUGAGACGCGUAGUGUCCCUUUAUCAGCCCAGACUGAGGCCACCGAGUUCUCUCACUGUCCCCACAGAUGCACCGACUGCAGCAUGAAUCUGUAUUUUCACCACCAUCACAGGCAUGUGGGGCAGCAAGCUUGUUUUGUUCAACAAUCCAUGAAUGUGAAUGUCUUUAAAAAAACAAAAAACAAGGCUAUUUUUUGCACAUAACAUUAAGUAGACACUGCCACGGAGUGCAUCGAAAAUAAAGCUGAAAGUGCGUUGUGCUUUUCAGUAUUAAAACAAGCAUCAUGGUUGGUGGUUGUAUGUGGGAGGGUUGGGUAACGUGGUAAACAGGUCAUCAGUUAACGUUGCCAGGAUGAUCCCUUGCUGUGUUUUUUUUGUUUGUUUUAUUUUUUCCCCUCCCAAGAAGUUCUCUUGGCCUGCAUAUGUUGUAUUUCUCUUCACUCACGCUGACGCGCUUUAUCAGAGGCGUCACUGCAACGGCCCAGUAAUCACUUGACGUGAGUGUGUACGUGUGAAUGCAUCGAGCGAUGGUGCGACUGUGUGUGUGCGUGUGUCUCUUUUGGUGGAGACUGGUGCCAAGCAGUUUUAUUACGGGUCUCUCACAAAGGGAUCACUCGUGCUUUUGUUUGAUUUUCCUCCUUGUUUCCCUUCUGUUUGAUAAGCACUUUGAACCUUCUCGUGUCUGUCAGAGGAGUGUGUAGCUGUACAUAGCAAUUUCCUGUGACAAGUGCUCCUUGUUCAGUCUGAAUAUUUUGUUUUGUUGGAUUUUCUUUAAAGAGCAUUACAUUGUUGUAGAAUUAAAGGAAAAAUAAACUAA